UUGUCCUGGUUUCUGACGGCGUGGAAGGGGCAGCGGGUUAAGAAGUGGAGAGUACGAGUAAGGAGAAGAGCGGUGGUAGGUAACCAGCAGACUACCCUCAUUUCCUGCCGGUGUGGAACCGUAACCCGACUGGGAACGGGGCGAAGAGACCGACGGGCGCAACGUUGGAGCCUGCGGGCAGGCCUCGCCCUCCGGUGCUGAUUGGUCGAUCAGGAGGAUGGCUGAGCUGCAUAUCAUUGGACAGAUCGUCGGAGCAAGCGGCUUCCCCCAGCAUAACCUCUUCUGCAAAUGGGGACUGCAUGCAGGGUGUGCUUGGAAGCUCCUCUCCGGUUUAAAGGAAGGGCAAACGCAGGUGGACAACCCAGUUAACAAGGAGAUGACUUACUGGUCCCACCCUAUUGAUGUGCACUAUGCAACUAAAGGUCUUCAAGGCUGGCCCAAGCUCUUCCUGCAAGUGUGGCAUCAGGACUCCUUCGGCCGGAGCGAGCUCUACGGCUACGGUUUCUGCCACAUCCCCAGCAGCCCAGGCUUCCACCAGCUGGACUGCGUCACCUGGCGGCCCCUGGGCACCUGGCAGGAGCAGCUGUCCCAGAUGUUUGUUGGCGGCGGCCCCCAGCUGAAACACAGCGACCUGAUCUACACCGGGGCUGACCGCUACCGGCUCCACACCGUGGCCAUGGGCAAGGUCCACCUCCAGCUCAAUAUCAUCCUCCGCAACUUUGACCGGUACGGGGUGGAGUACUGAGCGGCGAGCUGGCGCCAUCGCAGGAGGCUGAGCGUUUCCCGCAUUCUUUUUGCUUUUGUGUGUGGUCUCAUUACUGUAAACUUACAGACAGACUCCCUACUCCUUGCAAUGAAGGUUUUCGCCUUGCUGAAAUGGGCAUUGAUGGUCCAGCGAUGACCCUGUGCCCAGCAUACUAACCAUUGCUAUGGGCUGCGACACUUCCAUUAAGCUGACACUGGUUCUUGUUGCAUUUGUAACUGCAAAUUGGAAUGCUUCGUGUCAAGUUGCUGAGUGAUCAUAUCGCCUGUUUGGAACAUGAUAGGCUUUGUGACUGACCCUGCAGAGCUGGUAGCCGGACGGGAUGCAGCUGGUGGAGGAAUAUCACUGGAUGUGGCCUUGUGUGGCUCGGUGAUCCCAGCUAAGGACCUUGUGAGUUGUGACCAACUCAUGUUAUUGAGAAUAACAGUAAACACCGUCAGUUUAACCCAUGCAAUCCCAGAAUAUAAUUACCCCCAGUAUUAUAUGUCUCUCAUUAUCUUGGUCCAUGGGAUAAACGCAAGCCGGGCCUGAUCAACCCUGGCUGGGUCACCUCGGGGAGGCUGUCUAAUGGUUAAAGACCCGAAACACCCAAUGACCUGAGGAUGCAUUACUGAUGGUGCGCCCCUGUCCACACCCGGUUCGUUAAACCAAGUGGUGCCGGACCACGAUAAUGAAAGGCAUGGGCCAGAUUAAACUGGCUCCACUACACCACCCUAUCCACCAUAUCACCUCGUAGCUCACCACACAAAUCUCCACAACCUUACCUCUCCCAGCCCCACAUGUACAUCCACCAUUCCUACCCUCAAACCUAAACCCAAGGUCCAAAGGGGUCCACACCCCCACUAACCCGAGCCGCACCCCGAUUAACCCUGGCCACACCCCCACUAACCCGAGCCACACCCCGAUUAAUCCAGGCUGCACCCC